UAAACAUAUACACUCUUUGUCCAAGUUCUUUUUCAUUGGAUACAACAACUAAACAAACCUCUUCUUGAAAAUGAGGGAGUAGCUAGCAGUAAAGUUAAGUUCUUAUAGUAUAAAAUUUGAAUAAGAAAACCAUGAAAAAAGAACUAAACCCUGUAAAGAACCUCGACAAUCUUUAAGGCUUCAGUUUUGUUUAGUUUUAUGUUCUUCAAAGUACUCAAAAAAACGUUGUCCAAGAAAGUAAAAAGCUGUCACCUGUCGAUGCAUUUUGGAUUCUAUACUUUGGGUUUUCUAGUUUGUCAAGAAUUUUUUUUCCAGGGUUUUCCCAAUUUUGUGAUUCCACGGUUUUGCAGUCUGAGUUGAGCUCCGUUUCAUCAUCCCUGGCUGCAUUUUGUGAAGAGGAAUUAAUAAGUGGUGGUGGACUCUGUUCCUGAUUAUCAAGAAACUCACGGGAUAUUCAUAGUGAAUAUCAGCAUUUCUCAAUCAAUGAGGGGCCCCUUUUUACAUGCAUAGGAUUCAUAUGUACAAGGAGAAAGUAAAGCAAGAACAUUGCUGGAAUUUCUCAAAGAAGAAGAAGAAGCUAUGGAUGGUGUUAAUCACAGAAGUAGUGGGAGAUGGAAGAAUCUGAAAAACCGAUUCGGGUUUAAGGGAAUCGGUUGUUGUGGGGCAAUUUGGAGUACUUCUACUAAUCAAGCUCCCAAUCUCAUGAACGUAAGAGAAGAAGAUGAAGAAAUUGAUGAGGAAAUGAAUGCGAGUCAGAUUCCAGUUUCAGACGAGAAUAUCAUUUUGAUUCCGAAUCAAUCUUUCUGUGUGAGUCAGAAUCCGGUUGAGAUUACCGGCCUGAAUUUAGCGGCCGCGUUGGCUGCUGAGCGUAAUUUACGAGGAAUCGACGGCGAUGAUCGUAGAGGUGGCCCCACUGUAACUACUACUUCGAUCCCAUCGCCACCAUUGAGGGUGUCGUUGAUGAGAUUACUUCGAGAAGGAGACGGUGAAGAUGCCGAGAGGGAAAGAGAUAGACUGGCUGGAGGCGGAGGAGGUAAAAAUGAUACAGCGUGCUGUGUGUGUAUGGAGAGAAGUAAAGGUGCGGCGUUUAUUCCAUGUGGGCACACAUUUUGUAGAGUGUGUUGCAGGGAUAUUUGGUUGAAUCGUGGUUCUUGUGCAAUUUGUAACCGUUCGAUUGUAGAGAUUCUUGAUAUCUUUUAAGAUGUUUUUGUGGCGAGAUUUGAUACUGAUUUUGUAUUCUUGGUUUAUUUUUAGAGCAUUUGUCUGUACAAGUAUGGUUUUUGAAGUUCAUUUGAUGAUUGUGGUUGUAGGCGAAUCAAAGAAAAUUUCAGUGGUAA